UAACCAAUAGAAAGCUCAAUUUUGUUUUAUUUGGUCUCCCAUCCAAGAAAUAGAAAAAAAAAAUUAAGUAUCAUGAAGAGACAACUAGUGCUCGUAAUUAUCUUAGUUGUUAUUUUCCUUGUUGUCUUGGACGUUACGCAAGUUGAAGCCAUGAGGCCUUUCCCGGAGGCUGUCGAUGAGAUCAAACUACUGUUUCAAGCGCUUCAACGAGGUCCGGUCAGCGGCUCUGGUCCGAACGGUUGCACCAAUAUUCCCGGCGGUUCAGGGGAGUGCCACAACGGCUAAAGCUGCCAUACAAAUCUCCUUCGCCUUCAUCAUUAUUUGAUUCUUUUUUUUUCUUUCACAUUUAUGUGUUCCGUACAUAAUUACAUACACGUAACUAUAAGAUAGCUUUAGACUUGGUCUCAUAACAUCUUGAAUUGUAAUCUACGGAAGCUUAACUAGAAGCUACAA